UAUACAUAAUAUAUAUUAAUUUAUCAAUGGGUUCUUGCUGUUCAUCUAAUAAGAUAGUUAAGGAAACAUUUGAUUAUCCAGAUGGAGGCGUCUAUAUUGGAGAUCUUGAAAACCAUCUUCCAGUAUAUAUAUUUAUAUCAAGUUUAGCAUGGAAGAGGGACCAUAAAAUGGCCUAAUGGAGCAUUAUUUGAAGGACAGUUCAUUGAUGGCAAAAAGACUGGUAAAGGCGUAUUUAGGUGGAAUGAUGGUUCCUAUUAUGAUGGAUAUUUUGUAAAUGAUGUCUUUCAUGGUUAUGGUGAAUAUUGUUGGACUGACUCUAAAAUCUAUAAAGGAAACUGGUCAAAUGGUGAAAUGGAAGGAGAAGGAGAAAUGCUUUAUCCAGAUGGCAAAAUUUAUAAGGGUAUUAAACUUGCAUUUAUUUUCAGGCUGUUUUAAGUCAGAUAAAAAGGAUGGCCAAGGUGAAAUGAUGUGGCCUAAUGGUGAUAAAUAUAUAGGUUUGUGGAAAAAAGGAUAAUAACAUGGCAAAGGAGUACUUAUAGAUUAUAAGGGUAAUAGAGAGGAGGCUAUUUGGAAUAAAGGAAAGAAACAAUGA